AUGGAUUCAUUUGUGACGUUUCUGACGGGAAUAGGAACAGUGAGGAAGCUAAAAGAGGACAAGGGAAUUGGGCAGAACAGUCUACACCAGAUGGGAAAUGAGUCAUCAAGUAGCAGUUUGAAGCUGCAGUGUGCUUUCCAUGCCAGUUUUGUGAGGACACAGUGCUCAGACACCUAUGAGAGAAGGACCAUUUUUGCACUGAGCUCGGGUCACGGCAGGUGUGGGGUAGCUGUUAUCCGAGUGAGUGGUCCUGCUAGUCGGGAUGCACUCAGCUUUCUGACUGGCCGGAGACCUCUACCCCCAGCCAGGGCUGCUGUCAUCAGGCCGCUGCUGGACCCCAGGUCUGGGGAGCGCCUCGACGUGGCCCUGGUGUUGUGGUUUCCAGGCCCACGCAGUUUUACUGGAGAAGAUUGCUGUGAGUUUCACGUCCAUGGCGGAUCAGCAGUAGUCAGUGGAGUUCUUCAAGCUCUGGGAAGCUUACCUGGGCUGCACCCAGCUGAAGCAGGGGAGUUCACAAAACGUGCUUUUCAGAAUGGGAAACUGGACUUGACGGAGGUAGAGGGUCUGGGAGACUUGAUUCAUGCUGAGACAGAAGCCCAAAGAAGGCAGGCACUGAGGCAGAUGGCUGGCGACCUGGGACAGCUCUAUCGUGCAUGGAGUGAGAGGCUAACUCGAUGCCUGGCUCAUGCAGAAGCUUACAUUGAUUUCAGUGAAGAUGACAACAUUGAGGAGGGGGUACUUGAUACAGUUGACGGUGACGUGUGUGCAUUGCUGAGAGAAAUUGACAAUCACCUGUGUGACAGUCGCCGAGGUGAAAGGCUGAGGGAGGGAGUUCACGUUGCAAUUGUCGGGGUGACAAAUGCCGGCAAAAGCAGCCUUUUGAAUGCAGUCUGUCAGAAGCCCACUGCCAUCGUGUCACCUGUAGCUGGAACAACACGAGAUGUUGUGGAGACAGCCCUGAACAUCGGAGGAUACCCUGUACUUUUGAGUGACACGGCAGGACUCAGAGAGACAUCUGACAUUGUAGAGCAAGAGGGCAUGAGGCGUGCACGGCAGAGGCUAAAGCAGGCAGAUGUUGUGGUUGUGGUAGUGGAUACCACAGAGCUCCCAACAGACUUGACUGAAGCUGUCCAUUUUCUCCAAGAUUAUCUGAAUAAAGUAAUUUUACAUAAACCUGAUGAGGAGUGGGAUAAAUCCAGCCCAAGACUGGCAGACUGGAUUGUAGUUUGUAAUAAAAUGGAUCUGGUCCAGGUGGAGGACUUCAAAAAGCUGCCCGAAAUUCAUCAAGAACAUGGACUACCUCAAGUGUGCAUGCUGUCAUGUAAAACCGGCAAUGGUUUUGAUGACUUCCUACAUCUCCUUAGGGAAAAAGUUGAAAAGAUGUGUGGGAACCCCUUGGCUGGCAGUCCCAGUCUGACACAGGCCCGUCAUCGGCUGCACCUCCAGAACUGCACUCAAUAUCUAAAACAGUAUCACCAGCAUCGAGAUCUGGACAUUGUCCUAGCCACAGAGUAUCUGAGAAUGGCACUGAGACAACUGGGAAAGAUCACUGGAAAAAUUGGAGUUAAAGAAAUCCUAGAAGUUAUAUUCAGGGAUUUCUGUAUUGGUAAAUAAAACAUCCAAAAGAGGAGUCUAUUUUUAACUCUUCAUAUCAGUGGGACCUUAAAUCAGGUGCUUUCUAGACCUUUGGGUCAGAUGAGAUGUUGUUGGAUUCAAGUGAUUUUUGGAUGUCCUUAAAACUCGUAUUGAUUCACUUUCUAUAUUAUGGUAUUGCCUCAUUAAGCCAAGCAUUGUGCAAGUAAAAUUGUUAGAGAACUUGUUAUUACUGAGAUCUGGACCGUUACUUUAUUCAAUAAGUUGAGAGAUUUUGCUGGUUAGCAACUACUAUUUUUAUCAAUGAACAUCAGACAAGUAGACCAUUUGUAGAUAGCGGACACAGAAGCUAUCCUGUGCUGCUAGUGGAGGGAGUUAUUGGUGGUUGGAGUGCAAAUCAAGCAUGCAGCUUUCUCUUGGAUGAUGAUGUUGGGGCUGCAGUCAUCCAGACAGGUUGAGUUGCUCAUAUGGGCAGGAAAUAUCAGAAAAGAAUGUGAAUGGUCAAAAAUGCUGAGAUACAAAAAUAAUUAAUUUAUUAAACCUGUUAUAAUGUUAUAAUCAAAAAUAUCUAAAUGAUACAGAAUGGUAGAAGCUGGAUCACAACUGCAGUGGUUUCUUAAAUUAUGAGCAAAAUAUAAUGGAACUUAGUAUUACUUUAUUGGAUUUGU